CAGCUCGAAGCUACCAGGAAGGAACGCAGCUGGGGCUGCUUUAGGCCUGGGAACCGUCUCUCUCUCGCUCUCUGUCUCCUCUCCCCCCCUCCCAAUUUUUUGGGGAGAAGGCAGCAAAAGGAAAGGAAGAGCUGCUUAUUGUUCGAGAAUCCGGAAGGAGCCAAGGGACCCAGGCAUCCGACGAUCUGGGGGGAGGCUUAAAGGAACCAGGUAUAUUGAGGUUUAGUCAGGGAAACAAAAGGGACCCAGGCGUCCGAGGGUCUGAAGCGAAGGGAUCCAGAGACCCCGGCGCCUGGGAAGAAAAGGGUUAAGGGACGCAGGCAACCGGCGCCUGAAACUGGAGAAGGCGAAGAAGCCGAGGGACCCAGGUGUCCGAUACCGUGGAGCAAACAGAAAGAAGAAUUCUAGGUAACCUGGAAAUUUGGAGCGAAGGCCACCUGAGCUUCCGGGAAAGCAAAGCAAAACGGGUCCAGCUCUCUGAGGACGGAGCCAAGUGACCAGGGAUUUCCAGAGGAGGCGGCAAUCAAGGGAUCCAGAUUUCGAAGGACUAAGGGACCCUGGUGUCCGAGCACUUUGAACAGGUGUGGCCCUGAAAUCUGGGUGGUUGAGGAAGCGCUUCAGGACCUGCCAAGCGACAGGUGCACCCAGGCACCUUUCACCACCUGAUCCUGGGGUGGGAUGCAAGAGCCCUAGGUAGGGGAGGGGGCAGCCCCUCGGAAGGUGUCUUGUUAUUCCUGCUGAACAUUUGACAGGAUCAGGACCUUGGAGUAACCCAGCUCAUUUCCAGGCAUAGGAGAAGUCUUCCGUUUGUUUUUAUUCACAGCAAGAAUUGGAUUUGGUUCUCGCCUCCAUGCCUUCUUAGCAAAGAAGGGUGGGUGGGCCAGCUGUUGUUUCCCUCCUUCUCUCUCCUGCUUCCAAUCCCUUCCACGCUUCCCAUGGAACUUGCGAAAAUCCCUUGAUUCAAUCUGCUUGAGGGGCUGGCCUCCCACAGCAGCCCUGAAGGAUGUAACCAACUACCGGACCCGGGGGCAGCUCCUCCGUCUUAAGAAAGUGGUGCUGGUUGCCUCGAGGCUUGCCCCCUGGAAAUGACACCUUGCUAACCGGAUUCAAGAUGGAAAAGACCUUUGGCAACCUCAGCUCGAUUGUGCCAGCUUCGCGCCUCACCCCGGCCUUCCCGCCGGCCGUCAAGGUUGGGCUGACGGCUCUGUACACGGGCCUCUAUGCCUUGCUUUUCCUUUCGGUCUACGCCCAGCUCUGGCUGGUCCUCUUCUAUCGCCACAAGAAGUUCAGCUACCAGACUGUCUUCCUCUUUCUCUGCCUCUUCUGGGCUGCGCUGCGCACCACGCUCUUCUCCUUCUACUUCAAGAACACCCUCAAAGCCAACCACCUGAGCCCUUUCUUCUUCUGGCUCCUAUACUGCUGCCCCGUCUGCCUGCAGUUCUUCACCUUGACCCUCAUGAACUUGUAUUUUGCCCAGGUAACUCUUCUAAGGGGGUGCUUGCUUGCUUGCCCAGGUGGCUUGUGGGUAAAAGAUGGCUGCUUGGAAUGCUGGGCCAGUUUUGUGGAUGGGAACAUCCCAAGGGGCCUUGAGGGUGGGUGAACUCUGGCCGCCAGGGCCAAAUGGUGGCCCUUCAGGCCUCUGCACCUGGCCCUCAGGAACUCUUUCCAGACCUUCCACCCCACCCCUUCCUUGAACUGAUGCCUCUUGUUUGCCUAGAAAGAGGAUGGAGAGCUGUGUGGGGUGAGGAUGUAGAAACCUCCAUCCUUUUUCUUUUUUGCAUGGCUGGAAUGUGGCCUCUUGUACAAAGUCACUUCCAUUGUUCUGUCCACUUUUACCUCUGGCCCUGCCCACCACUUGCGUGUGUGUGUCCCCCCCCCCGGCUCUAGAAGCUUCCGCCCCAAGGAACGUGGUUCUCAGUCUGGUUCUUCUCCCCAAUAUGGGCUCUUUAUAUUGCUUGCUAAACCAGCGAUGGGGAACCUGCAGCCCUGCCGAUGAUGGUGGGCUGCAACUCCCAUCAUCCCUGACCAUCGGCUAUGCUGGCCUGGGCAGAUGGGUGCUGGAGUCCGCCAAUACCUGGAGGGCCACAGGUCCCCUCCCUCUGGCCUCAACCCUUGCACAUGUGCUGCCUUGGAUUCUCAACCAGUCAUUCUGCCCUGUUCGUCUGUCCUCACAAUCUCAUGGCUACUAGUCAUGAAAUGGCUCUUAACUAAUUAGUUUCAGGAUCAAAAGCACCAUUCCUCUGCAGAAAAGGGCAGUCAAAAUGUUCAGGGGGCUGGAACAACAAUGAGGAAAUGUUGCAACAAUUUGGGCUUUUUUUGGAGGGGGGGGAAAGUAGCAGGGGGUGCAUGAUAGACAUGUAUAAAAUUAUGUACAGUGUAGAGAAAGGGAAGCUUUCUCCCUGAUCUUCAUCAUACUUGAAUCAUCUAAUGAAACUGAAUGCUGGGAGAUUCAGGAUAAACCAAAGGAAGCUACCUUAAACAGAGCAAGACCACGGGUCCAUCUAGUUCAGCAGUGUCAGCACGGACUGGCAGCAACUUUCCUGGGUUUCAGACUGGGGAUUGAACUAAGAGAUCCUUCAUGCAAAGCAGCUACUCUGCUGCCACUGAGUUAUGGCUCUUCCCCACCGACCUCUGCCCCGGUUACUGUUUUUUAAAGGAAGUACUUAUUCACAAAGCGCAUAGAACAGGGAGGCAACCAGGUGAAUUUUCACGGAGAGGAAAGAAGACCCAAAAGCCUUGGCACCACCACCAAGAAGGCUCUGCACCAUUACUUACCAGUACAUCACUGCUCGCGAUGGUGCCACACAGGGGUGCAAAUUUGAAUAAAAUAUUGUGGGGGCCCAAGUAAGCCCCGCCCCGCAUGACUGAUCACAAGAUGCAGUGCACAUAUACCAUUUGAAUAGGAAUGCCCACCAACUUUGUGGGGUCUGAAAUUUCAACUUGCUGCGCAAAUCUAGUUGCUGCCUUUUCAGGGCGGUGUAGUGGUUAGAGGACGGGGCUAGGACCUGAGAGACUUGGGGUCAAAUCCUUGUGCAGCCCUGCAGCUCACUUGGUGACCGGUCACAGUCUCUUCUCCUUCCCUACCUGUUUUUGUGAGGAUAAAAUGUUUCUUGAGCAGGAACAGGUGGGAUAUAAAUGGAAAAAUGUGAAAUGAAAGCAGAGAAAAGUGAGAACAAUGUUGCGGCUAAGAGGCUGAGCUGUGAGCCAGAAAGCUCUGGAUUCGAAUCUCAUACUGGCUCGUGAAGUCAUUAAGUGGCCUUCUGCAUUCUGUUCAGAGCACAAGAGCAAAAUAGACCCCAGGAGGCUUAGUUUGGACAGAAUCGUGAAUACACUUCUGGAGUUAAUGCUAAAUCCAUGACUUCUGGUAAAUGAGCCACCUUAGCCACUAGAGGGCUGUGAACAUUUUUGUCUGGGGCUUUUUAGCCUCAUCUACCCAUGUGCCAUCAGAAACCAAGGGGAACAUGGGGUACCAGAUGUGAAAGAUACUGGCAUUCUUUUCAGCUCUCCUACCCGACUAUCUUGUUAGCAGGCAAAGUUAUGCUAUGGUUGUUUGUUGCAGGUCCUGCUUGUUUUCUGUAAUUGCUAAUACCUUCCCCUUUCUUCCCUUCCCCUCCAGGUGGUUUUCAAGGCCAAAGCAAAAUACCGCCCUGAACUGACCAAAGGCCUGUGAGUAGAUGUGUAUUUGUGUGUAACAUCAUAACACCUUGCAUUCUUCCGCCUUGCCAUAUAUCCUUCUCAAGUGUCAGGGGAGAAAAAAGAUAAAGCAUUCUAGUAUUUUUAAAAACCAGUUGCAUUUUCCAUUUAAAAUAAAAAUUUAAAAUUAAAAUAAACCCAAUGUGGCUCUUCACAUAAAAUAGCUGGCAAAUAAAUGGAGAAUGCAGGAUUGCAAGUUUAAGAGGCAAAAUCUCAACGUUAUAUGAAAUUAAAAAUACACUCCCCCAGCAGUAUCCUAGCUACAGCUUGCAAUACAAAAGUAGGAGACAGGGUGAGGUUUCAAAACUGAGUUGUUUGCCUGGCUGGAAGCGGGUCCUUGAACUCUGAUCAUGCCUCUUGUUGCCUGGAUGAAAUGGCGUUUGUGAGUGUGCGUGGAAACUAGCUUAUGGUGCACAGGUAAAAUUAACCAUUGCUCUGCCCACCUUAGCCUCUGGCUCCACCCACCACUGCCAUGUGGCCCCUGGAAGGUUGGCCAGAAGGUAGCCUGGCCCUCUGUCUGAGAAAGGUUCCCCACCCCUGAAGUAUGGGGAGGAGCUUGCAUGAGAUUCACAGCUGUGAUUCGCUCACUCCCACACACUGCCAUUAGAUAGCUUUCAAGGGUUCAGAAAAUUUAAGGAGGACAGGCCUCCCAAUGGAGCCUCCAUGUUCAGGGGCAAUCUAUCUCGGACCACCAAAUGCUGAGGACAGACAACAGAGGUGGGAUUCGUGCCUUUUGCUUGUAGGCUUGCUGGCAGCGCCAGACUGGACACAGCUGAACAACCAACUGGACUAGAGGGCCCCUGGGUCUAUUCCAGCAGGCCUCUCUCUUCCGUGCUCUUCCAGUUUCUCUUUCUCAGUGGCCUGGGUUGCAAGCAGCACUAAGCUAUGGUUUAUAAACCAUGCUAACCCUUGCCAAAAAUUGGUUGGCUGAACCUGGCCCUGUGGCUUAACUGUGGUUUAUAAAUCACAGUUCACCUUAAUUUAAUAAACCAAUGCUAACUGCAGUUUAGCAUGGGUGUAAGGAGCUAUCAGGGACGCGGGUGGCGUUGUGGGUUAAACCACAGAGCCUAGGACUUGCCGAUCAGAAGGUCGGCGGUUCGAAUCCCCACGAAGGGGUGAGCUCCCGUUGUUCGGUACCUGCUCCUGCCCACCUAGCAGUUCGAAAGCACGUCAAGUGCAAGUAGAUAAAUAGGUACGCUCUGGUGGGAAGGUAAACGGCGUUUCCAUGUGCUGCUCUGGUUCACCAGAAGCGGCUUAGUCAUGCUGGCCACAUGACCUGGAAGCUGUACGCCGGCUCCCUCGGCCAAUAAAGCGAGAUGAGCGCUGCAACCCCAGAGUCGGCCACAACCGGACCUAAUGGUCAGGGGUCCCUUUACCUUUAAGGAGCUGUCACCACCAGAAAGCUACAGAGCUGCAACUGGAGAACGGCUCAAAAUCUGAACCUUUCCCAAGGCCAGGGGGCUCUCACUGCACAUUAGAAGAGACUUGUCGCUAGGCCAGACCCAAGGCCCAUCUAAUCCAGCAUCCUAUUUUCACAGUGGCCAGACAGACGCUUGUGGGGAACCUGCAAGCGAGACCUGAGCACACUAGCUCUCUCCCUGGCAUUUUGGGGCAGUCUGCCUCUGACAAUGAAGGCAGAGCCUUGCCCCGGGGGCCAGCAGCCGCGCUAACUCUGCCUCCCCGCUUUCUCUCCCCCAGGUUGGCAGUGCGAGGGGCGUGCCUGGGCGCCAGCCUCCUCUUCCUGGCUGUGAACGUGGUGUGCGCCGUGCUGGUGCGAGGGCGCCGCGCCGAGCCCUGGGCCGUGGUCCUGGCACGCGUCCUCAUCAGUGACUCGCUGUUUGUGCUGGGGGCCGUCUCUCUGGCCCUCUGCCUCUGCCUCGUCGCCCGGGGUUCUCCUUCCACCCGCAUCUACCUGGAAGCCAAGGUGAGCAUUUGCCAGGGGGCAGGUGGUGGGGUUGGGGUUGGGAGCAGGGGUUUGACAUUGCUGCAGUGGCAUCUCAUCCAUGCACCGAGACCGCAGCGUUUCACCUGCCAAGUUGGCUCGGGAACUGGUAGCAUGUUGGAGAAAGCUGCCUUGGAGGUCCUGGCUUUUAGCACUUUGCAUUGUUGCUGGCAUUCUUCUGUCUCGGGAGAACAUGUGUGUGCCUUUGGGAGGUGAAGUCAAACUGCUGGAAGGUUAUAGCUGUAGUGAUAGAUUGGGGAGAGACAUGUUUUGUUGCAGCUGGGGCAGAUGGAAGUGUCUGAUUGUGCUGCUGCAGAUGCACCGUGGCAUUUCUUCUCUCUGCUCUCCUCCCGGCGGUCAUUCCACCGUUGCUCACUGCUACAGAUGCAUGACCUGAUUCCAGGCACUGCACUCGUCUGCGAGGGGUUCCCACACGGCAGGGUUCAACCUAAAUUUGGUUUCCCGGGCCUUGUGGUUACAUUUCCCCCAUAGUGUUGGUGGCAGCACACUCCAAAACCACUGACGACUCCUCAGGUUAUCCGCAACCUUUGUGCCAGGCAGCCUGUUUGCCCUGGGAUCUGCAUGCCCGUCGCACACACCCUGCUAUCAACAUUUGUAAUGAUUGAAUUGGCCACUACCACAGUGCCCCCGCUCCCCAGAGAAGUACCCUCAGCAAAAGAGGAUAGGUGUUCGUCCACCAAAUUACGGGUCCUUUCUAAGGGAAUGUUUCCCUCUUCCUCAAGGUGAUGACACUCUUCUUCCCUGAGACCCUUCUUCUCCCCGAUAGCUGCGGAGCUGUCGUCAUGGGAGUGGGUUGCAGCUGCAAUAUCCAUGAAGGCCUCACCCACCUGCAGUCAGGGAUGAUGGGAGCAGUAGUUCAACGGUAUCCAGCUGGACUCCAGCUCCCAUCAGCCGCCAGCUUCCUGUUCAGCAGUCGGGGACGAUAGGAAUUUUGGUCCGAUAAAUACCUUGUAACUGGCUGACUGACCGAACCCAAAGGGUGCUCAUCAAUGGUUCCUCUUCAUCCUGGAGAAGAGUGACUAGUGGGGUGCCACAGGGUUCUGUCUUGGGCCCGGUCUUAUUCAACAUCUUUAUCAACGACUUGGGUGAUGGACUCAAGGGCAUCCUGAUCAAAUUUGCAGAUGACACCAAAUUGGGAGGGGUGGCUAACACCCCAGAGGACAGGAUCACACUUCAAAACGACCUUGACAGAUUAGAGAACUGGGCCAAAACAAACAAGAUGAAUUUUAACAGGGAGAAAUGUAAAGUAUUGCACUUGGGCAAAAAAAUGAGAGGCACAAAUACAAGAUGGGGGACACCUGGCUUGAGAGCAGUACAUGUGAAAAGGAUCUAGGAGUCUUGGUUGACCACAAACUUGACAUGAGCCAACAGUGUGACGCGGCAGCAAAAAAGCCAAUGCAAUUCUGGGCUGCAUCAAUAGGAGUAUAGCAUCUAGAUCAAGGGAAGUAAUAGUGCCACUGUAUUCUGCUCUGGUCAGACCUCACCUGGAGUACUGUGUCCAGUUCUGGGCACCACACUUCAAGAAGGACAUUGACAAACUGGAACGUGUCCAGAGGAGGGCAACCAAAAUGGUCAAAGGCCUGGAAACGAUGCCUUAUGAGGAACGGCUAAGAGAGCUGGGCAUGUUUAGCCUGGAGAAGAGGAGGUUAAGGGGUGAUAUGAUAGCCAUGUUCAAAUAUAUCAAAGGAUGUCACAUAGAGGAGGGAGAAAGGUUGUUUUCUGCUGCUCCAGAGAAGCGGACACGGAGCAAUGGAUCCAAACUACAAGAAAGAAGAUUCCACCUAAACAUUAGGAAGAACUUCCUGACAGUAAGAGCUGUUCGACAGUGGAAUUUGCUGCCAAGGAGUGUGGUGGAGUCUCCUUCUUUGGAGGUCUUUAAGCAGAGGCUUGACAACCAUAUGUCAGGAGUGCUCUGAUGGUGUUUCCUGCUUGGCAGGGGGUUGGACUCGAUGGCCCUUGUGGUCUCUUCCAACUCUAUGAUUCUAUGAUUCUAUGAUUCUAUGGUGGGCCACCGGGGUCCCACAGCUUCAAGGCGCCACAAGGCUCUCUUGAUUUGAGUUUGCUGAGACCCACUGACCAGUCUCUCUUUCCUGUCUGCCCCUUUUCUGUGAAAGGGCACCUCGCUGUGCCAAACGGCCGCCAUGGGUGGCAUCAUCGUCCUGCUCUACGCCAGCCGAGCUUGCUACAACCUGGCAGCCCUGGCUCUGUCUUCCCGCACCCGCCUCGACUCCUUCGAUUACGACUGGUACAACGUAUCUGACCAGGUGAGCAGGGCGGGCUAAGUUCGGAUUCCUUAAGGGCCGCCUUUCCUACUCUGGAGUAGACCCGCUGCAACGGAACAAAUGACUGGGCUCCGUUAAAUUCCCCGGGUCGACUCUGUGUUGGAUGCAGCCACUGCAGCGCAGACCUAACUGUGUCUACUCAGAACUGGGGCUUACUCCAGGUAAGUGGGAGGUGGCUUGCUGCCUCCCCCUGCCUUUGUCCGGCCCCCACCUCCCUGCCAUCUAACUUACAGCCAGUCAGGGGGAAGCUCUGCCUGUCACUGGCUCCAGCUGCACCAACCAUUGGGCUCUCUGUCUUCCACCCCAGUGGAGACCAGCUGCUCAAGUGUCUCCCUUCUCCCUCCCCUUCCAGGCAGAUCUGAUCACGGACCUGGGAGACCAAGGUUACGUCAUCUUCGGCCUCAUUCUCUUCAUCUGGGAGCUGCUGCCCACGUCUCUGCUAGUCGGCUUCUUCCGGGUGCACCGGCCUGCUCAAGAUAUGGUGAGUUGAAACGGUUGGUUGGGAGAGGAGCAGAACAGCAAAAAGGCAGUGGAAGGAGAGGCCCGAAGCGUAGGGGGAGGCAGGGGGCUGUUGCCGUUACGAGAGCAUCACUCAGUGCAUCAGGGGUGGGGGACAUUUUUCAAGGGCCACAUUCCCUUCUGGGCAGCCUUCCGAGGGCCACAGGCAGAGGCGAAAAUAAAAGCACCACGACAAAUUCUGGUUCUUGUCUUUAUGUUGUAAAGCAGAAGGAAUUCUAGAUUUGUUCAAUUGUAUUUUUAAACUGCAUUUUAAAGGCGUGCUUUCCCCAAGCAGCAUUUUCAAAAAAGAGAUGGCAGAAAGGUAACCAUAGAUACAGCAGGCACUUAGCAGCUCUGAGCCAGACCACUUCCUAUCUGGCAGCAGAAGAAAUGAAACUCCGCAAGAUCUGCUUAAAACACCUGUAUCGUAGGGACAAGGUGCAAAUCAGCCUGAGCCAGUUUCAUGUCUUCCCCCAUCCCUGCCCCCAGGCACAGGUGGGCCUAUAGUUCCCAACACCCCUGCCCAUGGGCCAUGCUGCCUGGGAUGGAUUGAAAGUCAUCGAAUCAUAGAACUGUAUGGUCCACCCCCUGCAAUGCAGGACUCUCAGCUAAAGCAUCCGUGACAGAUGGCCAUCCGACCUCUGCUGAGAAACCUCCAAGGAAGGAGAGUCCAUAACCUCCGGAGGGAGACUGUUCGGCAACAUUUGCAGGGCACCAGAAUGAGGACAGCUGGUGAAAGUCUUUUGGAAGGGAGCUUCGUAGCUCGGGGGCACCACCGAGAAGGAUGGAGCCCCGCAGUGUUCCGGGUGCAGCUAUUUCUGUGGGCGCUGCGUUCUCCUCCCGUGGCGUCUCCCAAGGCUGAGAGCUUGGAUCCCUUGGGUGCAAUCCACUGGCAAGGCCUUCUGCUUAAAAGACAGGGGGCACCGGACAUGGCCUUACCUUGCCACCCUGCAGGCAAAGGCUGAUUGCAGGAGCAGCGUCCCCAGUAAUGGUGCCUUCCUCCCCACAGAGCGCCAGCCGUGUCUUCAACCGGCAGCUGGGGGUCUCCCGAUCCUACUUCUUUGACCAUCCCGGGCAGCGCGAAAGUGAAGGACUGACGAGCAGGUAAUUUCUCUUCUUCCCCGAGGCCGCACUUGUCCCAGCCUCCUGAUUAAGGAGCAUAGGGAGCUGCCUUUAUACGGAGUCAAGCCAAUGGUCAGUAUUGUCUGCACUGACUGGCAGCAGCUCUCCGGGGUUUCCCAGAGGGGACAUUCCCAGACCCACCUGGGACCUUCUGCAUGCCAAACAGAUGCUCUCCCACGGAGGCUGUUCACUCACACAGUGUCAAGGAGCUGUCAGACGAGCCCAGGUCAUCCACAGGGCAGGAAAGAAUACGAGACGAGAAAUGCCAUUAGCUUUUAUUCACAUAAUAAUAAUAAUAAUAAUAAUAAUAAUAAUAAUAAUUUGUACCCCACCCAUCUGACUGGGCUUCCCCAACCACACUGGGUGCCUUCCAAGAAACAUUAAAAAUACAUUAAAAUGUCACACAUUAAAAACUUCCCUGAACAGGGCUGCCUUCAGAUGUCUUCUAAAUGUCAGGUAGUUGUUUAUUUCUUUGACAUCUGAUGGGAGGGCGUUCCACAGGGCGGGCGCCACUACCGAAAAGGUCCUCUGCCUGGUUCCCUGUAGCUUUGCUUCUCACAGUGAGGGAACCACCAGAAGGCCCUCAGUGCUGGACCUCAGCGUCCGGGCAGAAUGAUGGGGAUGGAGACGCUCCUUCAGGUAUACUGGGCCGAGGCCAUUUAGGGCUUUAAAGGUCAACACCAACACUUUGAAUUGUGCUCAGAAACGUAACAACACAGCUGGCUGUGUCUUAAUCCAGCUGGAGAUGUUGCUGAAACUGACUGCUGGACCUGCCCUUCCCCUCUAGCCUCUCACUCUGGAUCCAUCCGAAGCAGACAAAAGCUGCGUUGAAGGGUGGGCUCCUCUUCUGGCUCAUUGCCCAGCAAUGUGAGGGAAGCUCCUCAAUCUGGGUGUUAGCAGGGGAGGAGAGCCAGCAGGACUGGGCCUGCCCUGCUGCUGGACAGCUGGGGCAGCUUCCAACUCCUCUCUGUCUGAGUCUGCGCUCACACUCUGACUCCCAGCCUCCAACCCUGUCCUGGAAGGCCCUUCUUCUCCUGACCCCCUCAAGCCCCCUGCUUCUAGCACCUCCCAGUUCGUCCCUUCCCCAGACUGCUCCCCGGUAUCCCACCACCACGAUCUGGAGUCUAAGUCUUCUUCUUCUACGUCCUCCCUGGCGGGGGCUCUUCGGCUGUGAGUGCCCACCCGUCUUCCUCAUCCAGCUAGUCUCUGACCCAGGAGGAGUCAGCUCAAUGGCCUGUGCACUUGGGGUGUCUUACGUCCUGGGGGUGGCAGAGGGGGAACCGCUUUCCUGUUGGCCCUUCCCCUGGAUCUCCACCUCCCAAACCCCUGGGACCUUGCCCCAGGUCGGAGUCCUCCUGGGGCCCCAGAUUCCCAUCGCUGACCCAUUAGAACUAGACUGGGGUGGGUGUGCGGUCCCUGACUGACAGCCCCACUGCCGUCCUUGCACUGGCUCCCCACCCCCGGCCUCGGAGGUGGAACGGAAAUCGUUUCCAUGCCUGGAAGUUUUAAAAGCUCCAUCGAUGAAGUUGGCACAGUCGUUUUACUUACAAAAGCAUUACUAUGCUGCUGUGUCAUAAAAUGUAUAUAUAUCAAAGCAGCUUACAGCAAUAAAACUUAAAGCCAUACAAUAAAAACAUACAGAAAGGUUAAACGUCAAUUAACCAUUGUGGAAGGAUAUAUUCUUAAGUUGCCUGCCUAGGCCUGGUGGAAUAGGAAAGUUGUCUAUGUUCCCGAGUGCUUCAGCACCACUGAGCCUCAACUCUUACCUAAUUCAGGGGCUCCCAAAGUGUUGUCGUGCCACCCCUAGGCUGGGGGGGGAUGAGGGGUAAAUGAUUUCAGACUCUGAAAAGCUGGUAUCGCUGGAUCAUUCUCCCUCACUGCGAGAAGCCAAGUUACAGGGAACCAAGCAGAGGGCCUUCUUGGUAGUGGCGCCCGCCCUGUGGAACGCCCUCCCACCAGAUGUCAAAGAGAACAACAACUACCAGAUUUUUAGAAGACAUCUGAAGGCAGCCCUGGUUAGGGAAGCUUUUAAUGUUUGAUGCAUUAUGGUAUUUUAAUAUUUUGUUGGAAGCCGCCCAGAGUGGCUGGGGAAGCCCAGGCAGAUGGGUGGGGAAUAAAUAAUAAUAAUAAUAAUAAUAAUAAUAAUAAAAUAAUUAAUUAUUAUUUAUUAAGUUCAUCAAUAAUUAAAUUUAAGUAUUCAAAAUUGGAUUUUGAAUAAAUGUGCCAUUAAUAGUGACCAUUUUGAAUUUUAUCGUGUUAUAUCUUCCUGAGUGGGUCGUACAAACUACUAUUCUGAGUUACGCUUUUUACAGAGCAGGGGGGUGGUAUGGAAACAAGGGGGCAGCAGGUUAGAAACCACUGGUCUAAUUCCUUUCUUUCCUUUUGCUUCCUAACACUCACAUGCCUCCCCCCCCCCCACCCAAAUUGCCUCUUCUUUCCCACCCCACCCGCUUCCUUCCAGCCUGACGGGACGCCUGGGCAGCGUCGGGAGCUGGUACGGCUCGAUCAACCGCAGCGGGGAGCAGGACUGGUUUGGGGGGCCCCCUCCCACGGCCCCCCUUUUGUUCUCGCAGGCCACGGUGUCCGGCAGCCACCACCACAGCCUCUAUUCCACCCCGCAGAACUGAGGGGAGCGGGGGGGGGUUUGUGGGGCACUGAUGCGAAGACCCAGGAAUCACUACUGAUGUAGGACAGGUUUCUAUGAAGGAGCAGGGAUGUGCACACACGGUAUUAUAAGCACCAUCACCCCAUUCCCCAAACUGUAGGAAAACCCAGCUUUAUUUCUUUUAGCCAUUUGGGGGGGGGGCUGGGUUGGCUCUUGUUGCUGGCAUCUCGGUCUUGAUGCUUAAGCUCUCCCCCUCCUUCCCCAGCCCCCCUCUGGCCCCCCCCUCACCCCCACCCCGGGUACUUAACCAAUAGUAUACAGAAAACUCUUGGCACUUUAAUCGACUCGGAUUGAGGAGAGGGGUGGGUUCAGUUUUAUCUGUGAUGUCAUUGUUUUAAUGAAUUCUGGUCAAAUGUGUCUACAGGGCAGGGGGGUUCCUCCUUUCCCCCCUCUUCCCAUGAGCUGGUAGCGGCAGUGUUUUGGAGUAGCCUUUUGUUAUUUGCUAGACAUGCUGCAGUUUUGGUGCUAUUCCAUUGCCCCCCCCACCCCCAACUUAACAAUAAAGUCCACUUUGUGUUAGCGACAUUGCGUGUGGUUUUCUGUAGUUGUGCUGCGGUGGAAAUGGGGGAACCUCUGGCUUUCCAAAUGUUGCUGGCCAUGCUGGUUGGG